UGGGGUUUAGCUGGAAUUAAAAUUCUCUGCUUUAUUGUUUGUUCAUUUAUAUAAAAAAUUCAAGACAUCUUUUCACAUUUUAAUUAAAAUAUUUCAGGCCUUAAGAAGAAAAUUGUUGCAGCAUCCAAGCUUAAGGACUGUGCAGAGCUGGUCAAGUGGUGCAAGAGUCUGACCAACCACAUGUACUGGGUUGCGGCCUCCACACCAGAUGGGAAUGGAGAGGUGAUGUGGGCCAAAUGGGAGUCAGUCGAAAACCACAUCCACAAUGUCCACACCGGCCACAACACUUUAUUUCCAACAUGUGCCCACAGCACCCUUGAAGGCAAUGAGCAGAAGAAGUGGUUGAAAGCAGGAUCAAAAGCCAGUGAGAAGAUGUCAGAUCUGAUACUCUCCAAACAGAUGAAGAAGGACAUCCCGAAGCUUUCCCCCCUCUUCCAGACUUCCCAGAUUGAGGCGUUCCACAGCACCAUCAACCAUUUUGCCCCAAAGAUGGUUUCAUUUUCAUACCAUGGCAUGUAUUGUAGGCUAAUGAUGGCUGCCAUUCACUACAACGAGAAUGCAUCCAGGUCACAAGCUACUACUAGAGAUGGUGACCUGCAGUACAAGAUAAGUUUCCCAAAAUUUAAGCAGGGCGACUAUAGUGUUCGGAAGGUUACAGUGGAGCCUACAUACGAAUAAACAUCAACACUGAUGAAGGAAACCCUAAAAUCAGCUACUGCGACAAUGCUGGAACCCAUUGCCUGCCUGCCAUCAGUGAAGCCACCUCCUCUGUGCAGCGCAUUCAUGCACCCUGAAAAAGAAGAGGCAGUGUGUAAUUUCAAGUCACGGUUUUGUAGGAAGGAGACAAGUGUGUGACAGUUUCGACCUGUAGUAACUAGUUGGACUUGAUAGGAAAUGACAUUGUAUAUAUUGCUAUAGAUAGAUUAGUUGUAAACUUUCCUAGUAUAUAUACAGUGUUUAGUUAUUGUAAAUUGAUAAGUUAGCAUAUUGUGUAUUUUACUCUAGUGACAUUUUGUAGAGACUUUGCUUGUAUAUAAACUCCUGUCCCCUCUUACCCUAUCCCUUGACUCUUUAAUGGGAACAUGAAAGCAGGGUCCACAUCCCGUUCCAUGGUUCAAAUUUAUUUUUGUAGCCGAUACUUUCCUUUUCAUAACUUUACAGUGAAAAGGUUUCUUUUUUCAGUUUGUCAAUAUUUUAGUAGCAUAAUGAUGAUUAAUAACAGUAGGUGUAAUUAGCUUUUCAUAUCCCAAUCACAUGUACUGUGAAUUUUAUUGUUUUUUCUCGAAUAAUGAUUACUACAAAAUUUA